AUGACUUCGCUGGUGGUGUUGUUUUCUGUGAUGGCAUUGACCGCUGCUAAACCCUCAGGACUUUUGCACGCUGGUUUAAUAUCGUAUGCAGCUCCAGCUAUCACCAGCUACGCCGCCCCGGCUGCAGUUUCGGAGCAGUCUCGCAUCGACAUUAAAUCUUCGCCAGCUGUAGUUGCUACUGCAGCAGUUGCACCCGUCACUCGAACUUUCAUCAGUGAGCCCAUUGCAGUUGCCGCUCCCACUGUUGUAGCCGCGCCAGCCGCCGCCGUGUCUCACCAGUCUCGCGUCGAAGUCAAGUCAGCACCUGCUGUCAUCAACACCGUAGCUACUGCCCCAAUCGCAUACAGUGCACCUAUAGCCACCGCAGCGGUCGCCCCAGCACUGAGUGGUGCUAUCGCCUCACCGGCCUUUGCUCCCACUGCAUUUGUCAACACUGCUUACGGUGCUCCGGCUUUCGUGAAAUCUGCUGAGUUUAUUGCUGCUGAAUCUGCUUCAACUCCAUCAGUGCCUCAGGAUACUCCUGAAGUAAUCGCAGCACGGAAUGCCCACUUUAAAGCCAAGGCUCUCGCCACUGGUCAUCUUAUCCGCAAGCGAUCCGCUCCAUUCUUUGGCGCUCCUAUUGUUUCCGCUUACAGCACGCCAUUUGUGUCGUCCUUGGUAGCCACGCAUCCCGUGUCAUCAUAUUCGGUGCCUCUAGUCUCAGCUCCCCUUAUCACCAAAACCUACGGUUUGCGUGCUUGGUAA